AGCUUCUAUCCUUUAAAACCACCAUGCCUCUGAAAUUUGUCUUACACAUUGAUUUGAUCCACAAACUCAGAGAGCAUGCCCUGUUUUUACUGGCUUCCUGUUUCCUAUUAGGCCAAACAUUAGUUUGUUAGAAAUGAUCACUGAAUGCAGCUUAAAUGUGAAAUUUAUGCAGUACCAACUGUAGCGCCAACACACAGACAGCAGGCUAGAGUAUGAUGGUGAUCACCACCCUGAUGGCUUUAACUAUAUCUCAGAUGUAAAUGAAACUAAAACAAUGAGAUUAAGAUCAGAUACAGGGAUGCGAUUAGAGUUUACUGUUUAUCUUUAUUUAUACCACGGUUGGGUUCUAGAAAUCUGAUUAGUCAGAAAAUUGAUCAUUUUCCAUAACUAAAUUCAAACAGGUUUAUAUUAAUGCUCAUAACUUUUUCUUAUAUUAACAAAUCACAGGGACUUGUAUGGCAGAAGCUGCACUUAUAACUUACAUUAAAAAAAACUGUUAUUUAACAAAGAAAAACACAUCAUCAUUGAAAUGUUGACAUUUCUGUAAGGAGGCAUUUCUUUAACAUUUAUGAAAGGAGUCUCCAGUGUCAGCACUUUGUAACAGGCAGUCAGUUUUCCACAAAGUCUUCAGGAUAGAGGAGUUUGUGCUUUCUGGUUUCUCGCUAUCAUAACAUGCUGCAUAAUUUUUGUCUUAUUAAUUUAACAUGAGAGAGAAAAGAGAGAAGCUGGUGAGGAAAUGACUGUUUGUAGCUGUUAUAACGUAAGGGGACAGGAACUAACGGGAACUAACUUGUCUCAUGGAUGUUCCACAACAUUAAAUAUAACUUUAAGCGUGUUGUGUUCACUAAUAAAUCAAAAAUUGUAAUAGUUGGUAAACUCCUGAGGCAUAAGAGGAAUAAAAGACUUUGGGAUGUGCUGCUGUUGGAAAAUAAUCAACUUGGGGUCAGAAGAGUAAAUCUGCUUUGCACUGGAGUGCAUAACACCACUCAGUCAUUGAUUAUUUUCCUAGAACAGCAAACCUUGCUGUGUUUUAUUCCUCACUUAACACAUUUUGGAAGGCAGAGUUAAGCUGUACAGUGGUUCUGACACAGUGAUGCUCCAUUGCACCCGAGGGAUUUGUACACUUGAGUCACUGCACCUGUGUUUCUGGUGAGGACCAUGUACACCUUGCAGAUAUUCACAUUGCAAGCUUUGAAUUAUUGCAUUGCACUAUUUUACCAGCAAUUUCAAUGAUUCCAAGCCUUAUCUACAAAUGUUGGCUAUUGCAUUGUGUUCAUUAAGUUGUACUCAGCUUCAAAACACUGUUAAAUGAAAGACAGAAAUGAAACUGAACAAGUUAGAGUUUCAGCCCUGGUGUUACCAUUGCUCUGGGUUUAGCAAACGGAAAUAUUAUUGAGUUUGUUUCAAACUGCUGUGGUCACACACCAUUAAAUAAGCUAGCUCAGACUGGGUUGCACUAACAAAGCCUAAGCUAUAACCUGGAUAACCUUAAUCUUUUAAAUAACUUGGCUUAUCUUUUAAUUAACUUGGACCAAACUUUAUAUCUUGUUUAAAAAAUGAUCAGGAUUGCACUUAGGCCAUCGUUUAAUAUAGCUUUUUUUUUUUUUAAACAGUAAACUUUGAUAAUGUUGCUCCAUUACUGUAAACUCUUAAUUAAAUUUAACUUCAGCAUUAUUUAAAUUUCUGAAAUGGCAGUGUUUAUCAGAUGGAUUGUGGAAAAUGAUUUCCUUAAUAGACAUUGUAAUGCUAGGAAAGAAAGAAAUAUUGAUGAUGCUUGAUCUCAAGAGCAACAUUUUUGCUAUUAGUUUAGGCUAAAUCCAUGGUGGACGUCAAUUAAUCAUAUGUCAAGGUUUUAUUCAGAGGAAGCUUAUUUCGUAAUAAGUGAUUAAAAUUAAUUUGUGGUGCCACAUAAAUGAAAUGGAAAUUAAAAACUCCAGCUCGACAAAUUCUUGCUUAGCUCUAAACUCUAUUUAGUCUAAUCCUUACAUCAACCCAUCUCAUCUUUUUGUGCGACUGAUCAGCAGUUGUGGCUUUUUGUCUGAAGCCCAGUUGCAUUUGCAUGUCUGGAUGCUUCUCCAGCUGUGUGUGAUUUCUUUAACAGAGCUUUUCAAGCUGCCAGUGUGGGCUUUUGGCACAUAAUUAUGGAUAGCGUGCUCGAAUGCAUUAUCCACUACGCAUGAAUGGACAUGCCGUAUAUUGGUAUUGGACCGAAUCCCGGUGCUGGACACUGGCCACUGUGUGGGUCUGUAAGUGGGAAUAAAAUAGAACAGAGUAAUAGAACAUCAGAAGGGCAAAAGAAUACAGUAAUGCCCUUUCAGAAAGACAUUUUUCUCAUUACUCAGUGAAAGCAGAGAACAUCCAGGCGCAGGCAGGUGUGUGAAUGUUUGUUGAACUGCCUGGUACCACAGUAGAUCAUGAAAAGGGAAGUACACUGAAAUAUUGAAACCUCUGCCCUUCCUGUGCACCAUCAUGGGACUUUAAAAUAAGUACAGAUGACGUUCUACUGUUAAUCUGAGCUAGAUUCAAUUCAGCUAGAAUUUCUACACUUUUAAUAUUUAAAAUGACCAUUAGCAUGCUGUAUGUGUAACAUGUUAAUAUUUAUAACCACAAUUUCUUCAGAAGUGAUUCGUUGACCUACAGAAAUACACAAAAGCAGGAAGCUUUUGGAAGAUAAAAACAAAAAGAUACAGGUAUAACCUUAAAGAUGAUAUGAUUUUUACAUUUUGUGAUAUUGUGAUGUAAGCAGGUUUCCACAAGGCCAGUGGUUUGCUCACAUAGUUUUUGUGUUGAAUUUGUUGGACUCUGGACUUAGUAGCAGAAGUGCGAGACCAGAUUUUGUCUUAUCAGACAUAAUAUUAUCUGCUUGCUAUCUGCUUCAUGGAUAAAAGCUCAGCAUUCCACUCAGCACAGCUUUUCACAGCACAGUAGAUGAAAAAUGAAUUUCAUUUCAUAUCAUACACUCAUUUUUGCUUUGAUAGCAACCUGGAUUGUUUGCCAGAGUUAGCAAAUGUGGGAAAUGUUGACCAAAGCUGAUGCAACAUUCAUUUCUCCAUCUCAAAAGAUUUUUUUUCUUAGGCUUCUUGAGGUCGAGCCCACUUGCUGCCCUGCCCGUAGUCGUCUGUAUAGUAGAUAUAGUAUAUAUAUUUUAAGGUGAAAUUAAAUAUUUUUACAGUGCAUUUUCUCCAUAUUUUUUUUUUAAAAGAAUAUCAUUUAUUGCAAAAACCUUUGAAAUAUUAUGGUACUAUUUGAAGGCCAUAUCAUCCCCACCCCUAGCUCAUUAGAUGAAGCAUUGAUUGUAUCAUUGUGGGUGCACUUUAAAAACCCUCUCUAAGUAAUGGACCCUUGCUAGAUUGAUUUUUCAUUUCCUUUGAAAAUUGGACUGUUCUCCUUUUUCCAAAUGCCACAGAGUGCUGAUGGCUUUGAAGCAGGAAAGGUCAUUGUACAGGGCAAUGUCAUCUGCUCGAGUGUCCUGUCUGUGAAAGUUCUUGAUGUAAAUAUACAUGAUGGAAAGAAGUGUGUAUUUAUGGCAUGGUCAGAUCAUGAUUUCUAGAGUACCAGGAGAAACAACCAGCACAGUAUACAGGAUAUGAAGGAGUCAGAAGAGGAAGAAGCACAAAUUAAUUUACAUAACGGACUUCACUUUAGCGCAUCCAGCACAGUUCAGUGUAGAAUAACACACCUGAUAAGAACAGUGCCAGCAUUCAUAGCCACACUGUGACGUACUCUAGUAAAUGUACUGAAAUUAGGUUGACAUGUGUGAUGUUUCCAGUAAACUGAAGUUUACUUCUUCCCAUGAGGAAGUCAGAGUGAGGCUGAAUUUCUCCUCAGGUGAAAUGUUCCAUUAACUUUCAUUAAAUUUAACUCAUUAACUAAUUAAUUUAAUUCAAUUUGUGCUCGCUGGGUUAUCACUAUCAAUACUAAAUGCCAAAGAUUCAUCUGUAAGGUUAAUAUACUUCAAAAUUUUCAAACAUCUCACCCUGUUGUAUGAGAUGUAGUCAAAUAAGAUCCAUGAGUGGAAUCCACUGGCUUGACUCCUCACUAAUUUCACUGUGUACUUUAAGCAAGCAAUGUAGAAUGAAUUUGUAAAACCAAAUUUAGGGUACAUUACUAAGUCAAGUAAACAAGCAACUUUGCUAAUCUGAGAAAACUCGAUGAACUUUUCAAACAGAUAUUUUUCAUUAGAAAAGGGCAACAUUUGAAUAAGAUCACUCUAUCGAUGUCAGAUAUUUAUUUAAUCUAUUUGGAGGCUAAUGCCUUUCAUUUAUCUGGCUGGCAUAUCGGAGUUCAUCUGCCUCUCUCAGAUGCGUGUGCUUGACUUUACUGCGUGAUCUGUAGGUCAGCUGAAUGUUUGUGACAGCCUUAAGUAACUUGUUCAAAAGUUUACACGAUUCACACCCCAAGUGUAGCAAAUCUGUCCAACAUUUGCUUCUGUAGUAUUUCACUGGAUUAAUGACUAACGAUGUAAAUCAUGGAAAUUUUUUAGUUUUUGAAAAUUUUUCAAAACAAAGGUUGAGGAAUACCACACUCUUAGAAAAAAUGGUUCCUCAGUGGGAUUUUGGAUGGUUAAUGGUUUUAUAUUUCAAUAGAUAGAGUUCUGCUUGGGGCCUUUUCUGAGAGGGGAAACCCUCAGUUGUAGUGUUCUACAUAGAAACGGUAAGAGUUUACCCAGAGGUGGAUCACAACCUACCAUUAUCAUUAUAUUUUAAUGGAGCUGUGGAGAUAAUGGAACUGUAAAUUUUUUAUUUAUUUAUUUGUUUUUACAGUUAAAGGGGUCCCUGGUUGCAAUAGGUUUGAGAACCCCUGGCUUAGGGUACUAGAUGUAACCUUUUUUUUUUGUCUAGUGUAGGUGGGGUCUAACUGAAGAAUAUGGAUGAAGAGUGGGUGGGGGGAAGUAAGGUCACACCCCACUAACAGCCUGGCAUUUACAUUUAGUGUAACUGACAUGUCAUUGUAAUUUGACCGAAUGUGUAAGUCACAGUGACCCUAUCUAUAACACUGAAGAGGCUUCAUUGCUUAUUCUUGAACAGUUGAAGCUCCUUGGAUGAGUAGCACAAUGUUGUCACUGUUUUAACACUAAAUUAUUGAGUCCAGCCUCUUUCACUAAAUUUUAGUAGUAGUUUAACCACCUAGAUUACUGACGAUCUUCACUGACAUGGAGGCAGAAAGAGUGACAAACCCUUACACAGUCAUUAUUACCAAAAAUGAGGUAAUGAUAUACAGUUUGACUUGAUUCGUUCAGCCAAGGCCUCACUUGAAAUGACUCAGGUCUCUGAUACGAUAAAGGAAUGUUGAUUCACCACUUCUCCCUGUUAUGUUCAGUGCUGUCAGUCAGCCCCGGUUGUCCAGACACACAGCAGGUCUGAUCUUGCCUGCUAGAGCGCACUCUUUUAUCAAGCAACGGGCACAUAGCAAUUUUCUCAGGACAACACAGAGGUGACUUGGCUGAUUGGCUGUUAUUUUGUUGGCUGCUCUCGGGCUGCUCAGCUCAAAUAAGAAAUAUGUGUUUCAGAGUAGACAGAGUGUGGAAUCUUUAAAAUAAGCAAAGCAAAUGUGAUUAAAGCAAAUUGGCAGAGUGGUGGAGGGAAAUUGGAGGCUUUUUGGGAGGGUGUUUAUCUCUUGACACACUCACCCUGCGUGUCAUUAACCUUGGUUUGGUGGUUGCCUGGCCUUUUCCAGUAAUCCAGCACAUACUGUGUAGCAUUACAAAGACCCAGACAAUGAUUUAGAGGGAUAAUUCACUUUGGGUGUGACUGUUGUAUGUCACCCUCUUUUUCCAGUAAUACAAUAGAGGUUUUCCUCAUGAAUAUUAUCUCUUAUGUGAAACUGAUCUCAAAAUAAUUCUAAAGUGAAUGUUCAUGUUCAGCUCAUUAAAAAUGAUUUCUAAUUAUAAAUAUUAGUUCAUAUUAAGAUCUCAAAACAAAUCCUUAAAUCCAGCUAAUGUCAUAGUUUGCACUUAAUAGACUGAAUGGCUGAUAGGCUGGUUCAUUUUACUCAUAGGGGCUUCUGUGUAUAGCACCACUAAUGUGUACUGUAACUAUGUACAGCGUCACUAAUGUUAUUACUUCAGAAAAAGGUUGUAGAGCUGAACUUUUCAACUGAAAUCUGUGUUUUUAAAUCUCUUAUUUUAUUGACAGCUGCCAGAAUAUAAUUCAGAGGGAAAAAGUCUCUUUGGCAGCCCAGGCUCUGAAAACUUAAAAAAAAAUAAAAAAUUAAUGUGUGGACCAGAAAUAUCCAACUAGUUUGGACAAGCUGGUGUCUCUAACUGCCUGUCAAUCACGUUAUGCAUCAAUUCAGAUCUUGCACUAACAUACAGAUGGUCUAGCCUAGAUAGACAUGGGCAUGAAUUUUGGGGAUGUGGCUUUGAAAGAAACACUAAAAAAGGGCUGCCAAAAUUACUGACUACACCUUUAAGCAGGGUAGGCUGUAGGGUCCCCAGAGACCUUCCUCCUUCAGGGGGGCUUUCUCACAGGCUCAUCCACCUCAUUAUGCCAUUUUUGAUAAUACAGCCUGACAGCCUAUUCUGUUGCUGCUUGCUGGUGAGAGUUAAAUCACAACCAAUAGGUAAAUGUUGAAGAUGACUAAAUUAUGUGUGUAAUUUUCUUCUCUUCAGUUGAUGUUUUGAAGGUAGUGUCAGAUAUUCACAUCAUGUUCACACAAUGUUGAGGAACAUCAAUGUCUCUAUAGCUAUAACAUAUGACUGUAAGACUACAAAUGCCUUUUUUUUAAAGGAGGGCUUAAUUUAAUUACAACAAAGUGCCCACACAGCUAGACAAGCUCAGAGUUGUCGCACAGAAAUACAAGAGGUCAGGUUUUUAAUAUGCUGAACUGGAAGAUGUAAGAAUGAAAGUGAUCAGGUGAGAAAUGUGAUGACCUGACAAGUGGUUCUCAUCGAUUGGGAGCACCAUAGAGCUCUACGCAUUUCUUUCCCUGAGGCCUGCAACUGACACUUUUAAUACACCAGAAUCUCUGGUGACCACAGUUUUGGAAAAGUCUUGUUUCUUGAAAAAGAGCAUGUCUGCUAUUUUUUUCAUAGUGACCUCCCUGCGUGCUCUGCACUUUUCACAAUUAUGCCGGCCCUCCCUCUUCCUGUUCCUCAUACGCCUAUAGGAAAUGGGGCUUGUUAUCUAGAAAGGGCAUAUUAAGAAAAUGCCUGGAAAAAAACAGCCAGCUAAACAAAGGGGCUGCCAAGUUGCUACGCUUUUGCUUAGCUACCUUCAUGUGGCUUAGGCUUAGAAGUGUGCAAGAGUAGCCAUUGGUUUUAGCUGACAGCCAUAACAAGAACAGGAUAUUUAUUUACAAAAACUGUUAAAGGUCUCAAACCUAGCUCACACCAUGUGGUCAUAGUAUGGUUACAUUCAUCCACCUCCAUCCAGUGGUUUGAGGUCUUUUUAUAUGAUCCACCACGCAUGUGAGAAAAUGGCUCACUGAACUUUCUCGUAAGAACUGGGUCCUUCUCUGAAAGUGAAGGAAAGCUGGUGAGUAAUUAUAAAUGUAGAGUGGCUCCAUACACAUCCCCUUAAACCACACGGAUACAAAGCCGCAGUUCACAAACACUGCCUGAUGAACCAUAAGGCCUGGCUACAGAAAGCUUUGUCAAUCUGCUAAUGGCACCAUAAUGGAAACCAAUCUCAUCAGUGGUGAGCUCUCAUCUCGUUCUCUCUCCUCCAUCUCAGAAACAGGAGAGCUGCACCGAGGUGAAAUAAUGUGAUUAGGAUCCAUUAUGGCUGUUUAUUUUAUUAGUUUCUGUAUUUUGUGUCCAGCUUUGGACUGUUGACCAACAUUAUCUGGCAAGGACAUCAACUCAGCCUCCAAAGACCUCAGUGUUAUGAAGCACUGAGUACAUUUGAGGUUGGUGAUACGCCAAGAAAGAGCUCCCAGGCUUGGACAAUGACCCCGAGAUCAACGAAGGACAUGAUUUGAAUGGCAAAGGCUCUUGGUUUGAGAUGGACUCCUAGAAGAAAGAAGAACAGGGAGAAGGAAAAUAGCACUGCAUUGAAUGUGUUUCAGUAAUAAAUUAUAUUGCGACUUUAUCAAAUCCAAGGUAGCUGUACAAGCUUGGAUCUGGAGCUCUGCCACAACUGGCAGCCAGCAGACAAAUGAACAAUAACAUUAAACAUUCAACAAAUGAACAGUAACAUUAAAAUGGUACAACGAUAAAAUGGUAAAAUGGUAAAACAAAAGACAGACACGAAAGCAAACAUCAUAUACAAAUAAAAGAAAAAGGAAAAAAAGAAGAGGUUCUGGUGAUAAGUGGCAGCAAAAAUGUUUGUAGUGUACUCUCAACUGGAAAUGGAAAAAGAAUUUUAAUGACUUUGAAUUUAAAGCAUAGUUAUGGGGUGUAAUAAAUGAAUUAUUUGGAUCAUUAUAGUUAUAGAAAUAUGUAUUUUCUGGAGCUUUGGUGUGUAUGCUGAUCAGCCUGACACCCGCCACUUCAUAGUCAUUAUUACUAUAAUUACAGCAGCUGCUUUCUAUCCUGUUAUUAUGUCCUCUCGCCACCAAAAUAAGCAGUUAUGCCCGAGGAAUAGCAUAAUCUAAAAGAGAGAAUUUCAACCCGUGUGAUUACGCGAAUAAGAGGCAUAUCGUUCUUUUGUUUUGUCUCAGAAUCAUUUAUCCCAAGGAAACUGCUGUUUGUCAGCGAGUGUGCAGUGGGGCUUAAUAAAACCUAUUCUUGCUUCUAGAGCUCUCACAAAUCCACUCAUCUGUCUGACUCUGAUAGACAUGCAGGGCCUGAAAGACUGCAGUCUUCUGUCUCUGGCUGCCUCAUUAGAAUAGAUACUGCCGCAGAGUCAUUUUUAAAGUUUAAAAAAAAAUGCUUUCUUGGAUCCUCAGGAUUUUUAAUCAUCUUGAAAUUUUAUUUUCUAUUCUAGUGUGGGAGCAAGAUGGCUUGGGAGUCCAGAGGGGAGGCAAUUGAACUUUUUUUUUUUUUUUUAAUAAAGUAAACUGAGCUAGUUGGAAGAGGUGUUGUCUUCAGGGAACUGCUGAUCUCAGCUCAAGGAGUUAGUGCAGGAGGAAGUGAAAAAGUGGAGGUGAAAAAAAAAAUUGGUGAGACUGCUGGACUGAUACAUACACUGCUAAACAGCAGUGACCAAUGUCUUCAACUCUCCCAGGAGUACAGAAGUGUGUAGAAUUGUAAGCAGUGAAGUGGUGACUUUAUCGCAGCAACAGCACUGAAUUGCAGGCAGGGACAGCCCGUGCCAAGUGCCCAGCUCCUGCAGUGUGUGGCCGAUGUAGGCGGCUGCUCGGUGUGAUGUGUAAUGGCUCCUGCACUGAGUGCUCUAUGGGGUUCAGGGGUUGCAGGGGAGAUCAGUGGUGAGCUGGCUGUAGUGAGCACGCUCACUGCAUUCUGGGCCUUCCUGCUGCUCACUGUGUUGCUGGUACUAUGCGCCGGUUGUCAAGGGCAGAAGAAAGCAAGCCGGCUCCCUGGAGACCAUGAGAACCUGAUGAAUGGGGUGUCAGAAAAGGAAACAGGUAGCCAAACGGCAGAUACAGGCAGCCAUGGCACUGACCUGGUGGCCAGUAGCUCCUUCAAUGGGCCUCUUACAAGCGGUACAGUCCUCACAGACACCGUGGACACAAGCCCACACCCUUCAGAAGAAAUGUCCAUCCAGUCAGAGCAUCGCUCUUCUAAAUGCCCCCAGGACCGCGAGUUGCCCAGCAUUCCCUGCGCCAACAGUCUGCGGGUAGCGGCUGAAGCCUCUGAAGAAUGCAGAGUCACUGGGGACGGCACGUACGAGGUGCUGAAGGACGGAGCCUCACAUGAUGCUGUAGAAGACUCACCCUAUGAGACGGUAAAAGAGCUAAAGGAGGCAUGCCUCUCUAAUGGCACACUGACCCCUGACGAGCCUCCGACUGAGCAGCCCAAUGGGCACCUGAGCCCCAGCCCUGGCACGCCUGACCUGUGCCCGCUGGCCGACGGCGCUGAGUAUGCCUCCAUCGACCUGAAGAAGAAGAGCCGCUACAGCGUAGAAGCCGAGGCCCAGCGCUCAGCUGUAGAGCAACCUGAAGAGGACAAUCCGCCACCUAUACCUGAUAAAGUGCUGGAUGAGAAUGAUAACCAAAACAUCACUACCCUGAAGAAUGGAGAGUUAUCGGCCAUGUACUACACUGUAGAUAAGCCAGCGAUGGAGGAGGAGAAAGAACACGACUACAGCAGCAUCAGCGAGAUCAGAGGCAUGGUGGUGGAGUCGAGCUCCAGCGAGCUGUACGCUACGGUGAGAGACAUGUAUCCCUCACCCCCUGCCGAGCAGCCUGCGGAGAACACAGACCACGGGUACGAGACCAUCAAGAUCGCGAAGAGCGUAGAGGAUGAAGGCCAGCAGGAUAACGGGCUUGUGGAGCCUGACUACGCAAAUGUUGGAGAGCUGGGGCUGAAUAGUGAGACGUCCCGUCUCUGACUGAGAGUCACACGGCACUUCAGCAAAUCUGAGUGACGUAGCAGUGGCUCAGACGGACUUAGAUUAGCACUUAUUUACUCAGAAUGUUGGCACUCCAGUAAAUGAAAUAAAUAUGGGGUCACUUGUGCUUAUGGUGUAAAGGUUUAGAAAAAACAAUUCAGAUUUGUAAUGGCAUUUAAAUGUAAUGGUGCAUUGCCUCACGACAGCUCCAGCGUCCCUGGUUCAAUCCUGAGCUCGGGUUACUGUCUGUGCGAGGCUAUGCAUACUCUCCCUGUGUACGUGUAGGUUUCCUCCGGGUUCUCCGGUUUCCUCCACCAUCAAUAAAAGCACGCCAAUUGGUGGAUUGGCUAAGAUAAAUUGCCCCAGCUAUCAAUGAGUGAGUGCAUGCCAGUCAUCCCACCUGUGAUUGACUGGCGUCCCAUCAAGGUUAUAUUUCCGCCUAACAACCAGUGUCCCUGGAAUAGGCUCCGGACCCACCCUAACCCUGACCAGGAUAAAGCAGUUACUAAAGAUGAACCAAUGAAUGAAAUUCUCUUAAAAAAUAAAUUCUUGUUAUUAUGUUAUAGAGACUUCUGGUUAGUUUCAGGGGGAUUCAGAUAUAGUGCAACAAUCAUCUUAAGGAAAGAAAGAGGGUGUAUGUACAGUAUGGUGAUGUGAAUAUUUGGGUGCCAUAAUUUAUAGUCACCGCAGUGCUCUCAUUAUGAUGCUUGACACUUAGAACAGACAACCAGCAACACCGCUGUAGCAAAAUGCAUAUAUUUAAUUACUACGCAGCUUUUGAAUCAGCGAUCAAGAUGCAAGAAAUAUGCACAACAUGCAUUCGCAGUCAUAAUCAGGAGCUUAUAGUAAGAUAAGCUGAUUAUACAGAAAUGCCAACAUGUACAAUUUAGCUGUAUAAUUUACAAUAUUUGACCCCUUGCUAUGGAAAAAAGAUAAAGAUACAUAGAUAAAGCACGAGAAUGAGAUUCGCUCAGUGGAAAAGGCAGUUCACUGAAGGGGAAAGGACGCUGUAUAUGAGAUACAUUCGCUUUCGUGCAAAACUUUAUCCUGAUGAACUCUGACCUGUGAAUUUCUGAAAGUCCGGCUUUUUUGAAGCAGUAGAUGAGGGUGGGGCUGUCAUCUCUUUUGUUGGUAAAAGCAUAGGAUAGAAUGUGCUGUUCAGUACAGUUUAACAAUAUUACUUACAUAUGUUAUGGUUUUAGUGGUAAAAUUGCUUUUUUCUUGUUAGCAUGUUGGCACCUCUGGGUCAUGUUGAUAAAAAUCAUCUCCUGUGGUACGUACAGUCCUACUACAUCAAUUCAUAAUGCUAACAAUCAGAGGAAAAAAAAGCAUAUCUAUUGCUGAUGUAGGAAUUUUCUAAAUUAUUGUGAUGUGAAGAGUAUUUUAAUGUUAAAAGCACCUGGUUACCUGUGUGUCGAAAUGAAUUAUGUUCAUUAAUUAAAUAUUGAUCAAUCAUAUAAAUUGCAUUCUCAUAGCCUAUAGUAGGUACAGAGUCAUAUAUUUGUAAAGCACAAAAGGUACUCACCAUGGCACUAUUACUACCAUGUACAAACUUCAAAUAUGAAGUGCUUUUCAAGAAAUAUAAAGUACAACAGACAGUGUAUGUGUGACCAUGACAUGCCAAGAGACACUUGUAAAUACUUCUAACUUUAUUCAUAACUUUUAACAUAUUGUACGAUUUUACAUACCACUUCAAUAAUGUGCCUGAGCUCUCUCCUCUCUCAAUGAAGGCUUUAAUUAUGUAUCUCUUUCUGAGGAAUUGUAAAGCACAGGAGUCUGUGUGGAAUUUUUAAGUGCUGUGGUUGUUUAAAAGGAAUUUGUGCAAGUUUAUAGAAUAUAAAAAAGGAUGCUGACUUUGUAAGAGGGUCCCGUGGCAUAUGGUGUGAAUGUGGGUGGGUCCUGUUUGGUGAAAAUGUUGGUACAUUUUCUUGGUACAAGCUCUGUAUUGUGAAGGUACAUCCAUUAUUUAAUAUCUUAAUAUAAUAUUGUUAUUUGGGUCAUAGUGAAUUGAGUGUUUUUUUUUUGUUGUUGUUGUAAAUAUAUAUCACUGCAUUUGUUUUGUAUCAUCAUAAUCUUUUUAAAAUGUAAUUUGCCAAUUAAACACUGCAGUCAUGCUGGACUCAUCGUAGAGCUUGUGUGUGUUUUGUACAUCCAUGUCUAUCAGUACUCAUUACAUUUAAAAAAAAAUCUGUGCAUAUAAAGAACCCCCUCUAGAUCAGUCACAGUAAAAGGACCAUUGUAUUUGAAGAGACUUAUUG